CCCCAGCCCGCGCCCCGCCCCGGUGCCAGCCCGGCGCGGUGGCGGUGGCGGCGGCGCAGCGCUCCCGGCCCCGGUACCGGCGGCGGCCCCGGCGCGGCCCGGCCCGCCAUGGCCAAGCAGUACGACGUGUUGUUCCGGCUGCUGCUGCUGGGGGACUCGGGCGUGGGCAAGACCUGCCUGCUCUGCCGCUUCACCGACAACCAGUUCCACCCCGCACACAUCUCCACCAUCGGCGUUGACUUCAAGAUGAAGACCAUCGAGGUGGACGGCAUUAAGGUGCGGAUACAGAUCUGGGACACGGCAGGGCAGGAGCGGUACCAGACCAUCACCAAGCAGUACUACCGGCGGGCACAGGGCAUCUUCCUGGUGUACGACAUCAGCAGCGAGCGCUCCUACCAGCACAUUGUGAAGUGGGCCAGCGACGUGGAUGAGUACGCACCCGAUGGUGUCCAGAAGAUCCUCAUUGGGAACAAGGCGGACGAGGAGCACAAGAGGCAAGUGGCCAAAGAGCAAGGGCUGCAGCUGGCCAGGGAGUACGGGAUGGACUUCUAUGAGACGAGUGCCUGCAGCAACCUCAACAUCAAGGAGUCCUUCACGCGGCUGACGGAGCUGGUGCUGCAGGCGCAUCGCAAGGAGCUGGAGGGGCUGCGGGCCCCCCCCCGCACCCCCACCUUGGCCCGCUUAGAGGAGGACGAGCAGCAGCCCCUGUGCAGCGAGGACACCCCCAAAACCUGCUGGUGUUGAAGCCUGGACCCCCCCUAUGGACCCCCCUAUAGACCUCCCCCCAUCCCUGGGCUGUGCUGGGGGGGGGGAUGGUGGGUGCGGGAUGGGGGCAGCCCCAUGGAGGGGGGUGAUGGGGACACCCCCAGGUGACAGGGAUGAUGGGGUGACCCCAGCCAGCACCCACUGGUGCCCCCGGUGGGUGGGGGGGUGAUGGGUGCUGGUGCCCACCCCGUGCCCAUGGACCCCCCCCCCUGUUUUACACACACAAUAAAGGUGAUGCUGGAGGUGGC